GGGCGGCAGUGUAGGUGGCCUGUCACCUGGAGAAAGCGGAAGUGUUCCUCCCACGUUUUAAUUUGUUUUCAGCAGAAAUGAGUUUUAUUAAACCACGAAGGAGGACGACACGAAAUGAGAGGUUAAACCACGACGUAGGAGAAUACGAGUUUAGCUCGAAAAUUGUUCUUUUUCGAAGUUGGAGUCCGCCAAGAAGAUUGGGCUUGUGAAGAGGGAUGACAGCUGCCUUUUGAAGCGAACGACUCAAUUCACUGAUUUAAGAGGUGACCCAGCCAAGCGUCAUGGUUUCCAACGGAAGCGGGGAGUCCAGUCCGGACGGAGCAAGCGAGUCUGACACGACAAAGACGCUGAAACAUUUCCCACGGUACGGCUCCAUCGUGGGAGAUACCUGCCCCACUUGUCGAGGCACUGGACGAAUUCCAAGAGGCCAUGAAGACCAGCUGGUUGCUGUCAUCCCGUGUAACGAUAAAAGACUCAAACCCAGACGCACGAAGCUGUACGUCUGCGUGUCCAUGGCACUGUGUCUCUUUCUCAGCUGCCUCAUACUCUUCUUCCUCUUCCCCCGGAGCGUCACGCUGACCCCCGUGUCCGUGCUGUCCGUCAUGGUCUACUUCACGCCCGACACGGUGCAAAUGGAGGUCACGAAUCUCAUCAGUGUCAUCAACGACAACUUUGUUCCGGUCCAAAUCGUGGAGCUGGACGUCCAGGGUUUGAUCUCCCGCGUGGUGGUGGGCAAAACCAAGCUGUCCAACAUGUCCGCCAUCCCAUCACGCUCGGACAAAUCAUACACAUAUCAAAUUGACCUACCCAUUACUGAUAAAGGCCUCAGUGCUUUCUGCCAGUCCGGCGUCAUCAAGAUCCACACCUUAUUCCUGGAGCUGCAGAUGACCAUGAACAUAUCCUACUUGUCGCACACGGAGCAGCUGUCCGUGGACACCUUUGAGUAUAUCGACUGCGGCACCAACUCCACCACGCCGCACCCCGUCAGAUGAGCUCGCACAAGUACCAAAGUGUAUCUCGUGUGUGUGUGUGAAAUGCAUCUGAAGUGGGGUUCACACAUACCGAUAGUCGAGGCAGUUUUCAGUAUUUUGCCUCUUUGCUGAUGAAAGUGUGCAAAGCCUCAAUUGUCAGAUGCCUCUAAAAGAUUAUUCUGUGGUCUGGGCUGUGUUAAGAUUGAUUUAUUAUUUGCUCAAAAACCGGUCGGGGGAGACGAUUGUAAUUGUUAAACUUGUUCAAUAUUUACUAUAAUUUUCUUUAAAGAUCAUCGUGAGCAAUUACCUUAUGGUAUGGGGUGUGUUAAGAGCGUCUUUUUUUCUUCUCCCCCCUUUCCCAAUCAGCUCCGAAAAGGUUUGAGAAGACAAUCGUCAAUGUUAAACCUGUUCAAUAGUUACGAUUGUAAAUCCUUGUCUGUGGCCAACACUAAAUUCAGCACAGCCACAAUGAAAUGGAACAGUCAGCCAGUCAGGAAGCUCGCUGAAGCUGAUACCAGAGCACUAAGAACCUACAUGGUGUUUUUUUUUUUUGUUUUUUUUUCCCUUCCUUCCCCCCCUCUUUAUCUCUCUCUCCUCAUGUGUGGGCUCUGUCAAAUUUUGAAAAUUAGCCAAGAUGUUAAAAAUCGCGAUGUGUGUAUCCCGUUUUACUGUGUGACCAAAGAAGCACCUUUGUGGCACUUUAAUGGAAGGUUAAGACGACGUGUUCGUUAGGAAGAAGACAGAUUAUGAUUGUUGCACUUUAUGGUAGCCAAGUCAAUUUCAGCUUCAUCACACUGAAGGUUUUAUGACUUGAUUGAUAUUAAAGGGAAAAAACUAAUCCAGGCAAGAAUUGAAAUGUUCAGUAUUUAGAUGACAAAUUAAUUUGUAAUAUUACAGUAUUCACGUUAAUAAUCUUGACGUGCCCGUACAUGUUACACUGUUCAAUCUGCUGUUUUAUUCAUUGAUUAAAUCCUUUUGUAAACCAAAAUUACUCAAAUAUAU